AUGUUCUACUCCCUGCAGAUUCUGUCCCGCAAGGGGCCUAUGGGCACCAUCUGGCUGGCUGCCCACAGCGACAAGCGCCUCAAGCGCAGGCAGAUCAUCGAGACCAACGUGCAGGCGAGCGUAGAUUCCAUUACCAACCCCAAGGCGCCGCUGUCCCUUCGACUCUCCACGCAGCUCCUGUUCGGGGUGGCCAGGGUGUACUCCAGGCAGGUCGGCUACCUCCUGGCCGACUUCCACCACUACCUGGACAAAAUACGCAAGGCUAGCAAUGGAGCUGUCAUUGUUGGCACAACACUUGCUGAAGGGAUGAUGCAAGUUGACCUCAACGCUAUUACCCUACCAGACAACUAUGGGUUUGAGAGGCUGGAUGAGUUGGACAACGGCUAUCCACUUUCACAGUCAGGACAGAGUGGCUCACUACUUCAUGUGGCGGAGGUGUCGGUUGCACCCAGUGUGUCCAUCAUUGAAGACAGCACGCUCCAUUCUUUGGCACCGGCCUACAACUCAGGACCUGAGGUGUUUGAGAUGCCUGAUGUGGAGCUGCCGUUUGACAUCGAGGCAGAGAUGGAGAUUACACAUCAGCAGAUUUUCUCCCAAGGCAAUAGCGUGUGCUCUCCUGCUGUCAACACCACUGAAGUGGGCUCAGCACCUGUGGAUGCCAUGGACGGACAAGAGGAGCUGCAGCAAGUAGAAGACUGUUGUCCUGAGGCGCUCACAGACAUGGAGCGGAUGGACGUCGAUGCUGGGCCAUCUGGGCCGACAGAGCUGGAGAUGCUGCAGCUAGAUGCUGAGACACCUGGGCCAUCCCCACAUGUUGUUGAGCAGGAACGAGGAACAGGUUCCACCAUCAUUGAAAAGCCCAACAUACCCGAAGGAAACAUGCUGCUCAAGUUUGACGUUAAUCGCAAUCGGCCCCUGACAGAAGUGCCUGGAAGAUUGAUCCGCAAGCUUUUGAUGGACCGCUCUCCGCUGCUGUGCAAACGAGGGACGGCAAUGGGGGGCCAAGACCGUACAAAGAAGAUCGAUCUGACCUCUUUCGAUCCCAGCACAAAUGCCCUUCACCAGUCAGCGGCUCUUGGCCAAGAGCUAGUUCCAGAGCUGGCAGGCCUUUUUGAAAUUUCACCAAUGCACAUCUCGCUGCAAGAGCAGCCGCAGCGAUGGCAGGGUGGGGAUGAAACUGGCAGAUCAACCCUGCUCGAUGAUGAACAUGACAUCAAAGACCGUGGUGCGCCAUUGAACGAAACAGAGGCCCCUGGGCCUUCAGGCAGGGAUCGUUGGGAAGGAGCAUCUCCAUCAGGGCGUGAUGGAGGUGGUAUUGAUGCCAGACCCAGCGAGAUGCCUGAUCUGCUGGCCAAUGAGGAUGCUGCCUGGGACCCAAAUAUAGACCUGGCGCCUGCGGGGCCUGUCGAUUGUGACAUGAAUGUGGGGCCCACCCCGAUGCCUGACAGCGUGUGCCCAACUUCGCCUUUUCCGCUCUCGCUUCCCACCACGCCACCAUCCUGGCCAUGCGGAGCAAUGACCCAGGGGACGGACACGACACCAGGGGAUGACCCAAUCGCCCAGGACUUCACAGCACGCACCAGGGCAGUCCUGGGCUACGUCACAAAAGCGCUGAAGCCAGCAGAGUCCCCGCCAACGAAGAGACAGCGGCUUUCAAAUGGGUCUUCCCAACAAACAAGCAGCUGCAGCAAACGCCUGGACCUGAAAACUGUUGUGGAGGGAAAGCCCAGGUCAUAUGCCAGCUCCGUGUUUCUGGAACUGCUGGUUCUGAAGUCGAAAGGCCUGGUAGAGUUAGAGCAGGCAGAGGCGCUCACAGACAUUCAUAUAACGGCUGGGCCUAGCUUGGGAAAGGACGCCUGUGCAGAGGGCGCCUAG